AUGCACUCGACACCUGCAGUUCGCACCAAGUUCCUCAUCAUCUCCGACACCCACGCGUGCACACCCUUCCUCGAACACCUGAGCACCGAGCCCGUAGACGUAGCCAUCCACUGUGGCAAUCUUACGACGAACUCGAUGCUCGAAGAAUUCAAAUCCUCCAUCGACCUCCUGUCCCAGAUAAACGCACCCCUAAAGCUUGUCAUCGCCGGUGACCACGACUUUACACUAGACACCCCAACCUACGACGGAGCCUUACAGGACCUCGAGAAUACGCCGGAGCCAGUCGACCCCGAUUUCAUGGCGCAGGUAUACGGGGACCUCGGCGACGCGAGGAGCCUAUUUGAAAACGCGACAGACAACGGCAUCAUGCUUCUCGAUCAGAGCACGCAUCAUUUUGUGCUAGGCAACGGCGCGUCGUUGACCGUUUACGCGAGCCCGUAUACCCCGUGCCUACCCCCGGGGACCGGUGGAUUCCAGUAUCCACGGAGAGAGGGGCAUAUCUUCGACAUACCGAGGGUGGAUAUAGUGAUGACGCAUGGCCCGCCCAAGGGAGUCAUGGACUACACCCUAUCGAAAGAGCGAGCAGGUUGUGCUGACUUAUUUGCCGCGGUGGCACGCGCGAGGCCGCGGAUGCACUGUUUCGGACAUGUUCGUGAGCAAUGGGGCGCGAAGCUGGUGAGUUGGCGGAAAGGAAGCCGGGCGCUAGAGCCGUGCUAUCUGGGAGAUGUGGAUCAUGAGAAGUCAGUUAUUAUUGAGAGGUUGGCGACGUUAGACACUGAGGGAUAUGGCGAGUAUGAAAAGUUUUUCUGGACGAGUCACUGUACGGGGGAUCCGUAUCCGCUGGAAUGGGGGAGACAGACGCUGUUUGUCAAUGCUGCGGUUGAAGGGAGAGAUGGGAGAGUUCAGCCGGCGUGGUUGGUUGAGAUUGAACUUUCGAGAGCUUUUUAG